AUGGGAAACUGUCAAGCAGUGGAUGCAGCAGCAUUAGUGAUACAACAUCCAAGUGGAAAGAUAGAAAGAAUGUAUUGGUCAAUAAGUGCUAGUGAGGUGAUGAAGAUGAAUCCUGGACACUAUGUCUCCAUCAUUAUCCCCUUGCCUCCUACGGACGGUGAAGAAGAUGGUAAAACCGUUCGGUUUACACGAGUUAAGCUUCUUCGGCCUACUGACACCCUUGUCCUUGGCCGAGCUUAUCGUCUUGUUACUUCUCAUGAGGUUAUGAAGGUUGUGAGAGCAAAAAGACAUGCAAAGACAAAGACCAACAACCUGCAGGCCGAACCAACCGAAACUUCAUCCAGUGGCGCUGAUCAAGAGACACUGGUGGAUAAUACAAACCAGGUGGAAGGACAUGAAAGAAUGUUCAGGCAAAGGUCUGGAUCAUCAUCAUCGAUAAUGGCUGCUUCUCGAUCAAAAUCAUGGCGGCCUGCUUUGCAAAGCAUCUCAGAAGCUACAAGUUGAAGGACGGCAGGUUUUAUGUUGAUACAUCGAGUAAUAUAUAUAUACUUUUAAGAAACUCAGUUUUUUUGGUCUCUGGGUGGAAGAAAGAGAAGAACGGAAGAAGAGUGGAUCAUCGAUAUCAAAUAAAUAAUUAUGUGUAUAUAUUCAAAACAAGAAAAGAAACAAUAGCACUAACACUUUGAUGAUCCAUGACAUGUAUAUAUUCAUCUUGACAGAGCAAGUUAAUAUUGAGUUCAAAGUUGCCUUUGUUU